GGGGUCUAUGGUAUCAUGUUGAGGUUGGAAUCAAGGAUGAUGGAAGAUUGAAACUAAAAUAUGAUUCGCGUCAAGCUAGAAUCAAGUCGACAAUGAAGUCAACAAGUUUACGUCGACUUGAUGGCCAAGCAAAUGAGAUAGGCGAGAAAUCUGACAAGGUGCGCAUUGAUGUUAUAGCCAGGAAGAAGAAAUCAACAAAGAAGUUGACAGAUGGGCGUCGACUAGACUGUCGGGUGACAACAACAUCGACAGAGACGCGUCGAGCAUAA